AUGAAUGAAAACAACUUUGUUAACAACCCAGUGGGCCAAGUUUCCCAACUUUCCAAUGCUUUACGCAAUGUGAAUAUAAAUAAUAAUAAUGGGGGAAUUCUCGAAAGUGAUAUAAAUUUUGAACUAUCUCAGCAACAAAAUCCAAAUAAUCUCAAUAGUAAUAAUGAUAAUGGUGACAUAAAUAUAAAUAGUAAUAGCAACAUAAAUGCACCACAUCCAGAAAUACUACACCAGGAACCAAAGAAUGAAUAUUCAAGAAUCACAAAAUUUUUCCAGAACCAACCAAUGCAAGGUUAUACAUUAUUUUCCCACAGAUCAGCACCAAAUGGAUUCAAGGUCUCCAUAGUACUAAGUGAAUUAAAGCUACCAUACCAAACAAUCUUCCUAGACUUUAAUAAAGGCGAGCAUAGGGCACCUGAAUUUGUUGCCAUGAAUCCAAAUGCUAGAGUGCCAGCUUUGAUUGAUCACAGUUUAGAUAACUUCGCUCUUUGGGAAUCAGGCGCCAUUUUAUUGCAUUUGGUAAAUAAAAACUGGAGAGAGACUGGAACGCCAACCCUUUGGUCAGAUGAAUUGACCGAGCAAUCACAAAUCAACUCCUGGCUGUUCUUUCAAACUUCUGGACACGCACCAAUGAUUGGACAAGCUUUACAUUUCAAGUACUUCCACAGUCAAAAGAUCGAAAGUGCCCUUGAAAGGUACACGGAUGAAGUAAGAAGAGUUUAUGGGGUUGUAGAAAUGGCAUUAGCUGAAAGGAGAGAAGCAUUAGUUAUGGAAUUCGAUACAGAAAAUGCAGCUGCUUAUUCCGCUGGUACUACGCCAUUAUCUCAAAGUAAAUUUUUUGAUUAUCCAGUAUGGCUAGUUGGGGAUAAAUUAACAGUUGCUGAUUUAUCCUUUGUUCCUUGGAAUAAUGUAGUUGAUAGAAUUGGUAUAAAUAUCAAGGCAGAGUUCCCUGAAGUUUAUAAAUGGACGAAACAUAUGAUGAGAAGACCCGCUGUCAUCAAAGCAUUCCGUGGCGAAUAG